UUGACAGAUGGAGGUGGUUUGACUCGGAGUCAGGGCAGAAAGUAUUUGUGGAAAACAGGAAGAAAUUCGGGUCUUUUCUUGUCUGCAAUGAGAGGUGAACCGACUGAAAAUGGAGAUAACUCAACGAACUCGAGAGAGAGAGAGAGAGAGCGAGAGAGACACCCACUGCCUUUGUCGCUCAGGUCUGGUGGCAUGCAGAGCGAAAUGCUGAUAAACCAGCUACGGGAGAUCACUGGCAUCCAGGAUCCACAGAUUCUCUACAGAGCCUUGAAUGCCAGUCAGGGUGACAUUGGACAUGCUGUUGGACUGCUGACAGCCCAGCCUGCAGAGGUUCAGGAUCCUGGAGAACCACAGGAAUCAGGGAGCUCUGGAGAGACCUGGGAGGGCCAGAAAGUGCUUCCUAAAGAUGAACUGCAGACUGCCAUAGAACUCAGCCUGCAGGAGUCCCACAAUGCCCAGGAAGAGGAGAGGGAAUUUAAUAGGGCUCUGGAGGCCAGUGCAGAGGAGAAUGCAGCGAGGAUGAAAAGGAAGAGGUGUGAAGCCCAGAGUGAAAUGUGCAGCCCUGCAGACUGGAUCCGUCAGGACGACUGGCCCGUGGGCAUUCGCAAUGUUGGAAACACCUGCUGGUUCAGUGCUGUCAUUCAGUCACUCUUCCACCUGCCUGUGUUCAGGAGGCUGGUGCUCAACUACCAUCUGUCCGAGCGAGUGCUGGAGAAGUGCAAGAGUCAUUCUGACAAGCGGAACAUAGCUUUCAUGCAGGAGCUGCGCUGUCUGUUUGCCCUCAUGGUGGGCUCCACUCGCAGGUUUGUGGAUCCUUCUGCUGCAGUUGAGUUACUGCGAGAUGCCUUCAGGACCAGUGAGGCUCAACAGGAUGUCAGUGAGUUUUCCCACAAACUGCUCGACUGGCUAGAGGAUGCAUUUCAGCUGUCAGCCAAUGGAAAUAAUGCAGAAGACAAAAAACAAAACCCCAUGGUCCAGCUUUUCUAUGGCACUUUCGUGACAGAAAGAAGACAUGAGGGUAAGACUCUGUGUAAUAUUGAGCAGUUUGGCCAGUAUCCCCUGCAAGUCAACGGCUUUAACAACUUGGAUGAAUGCCUAGAGGGUGCCAUGGUUGAGAGGGAGAUUGAGUCACUACAUUCAGAUCACAGCGUUACACCUGGUCGUGAGAGAUGGUUCAAAAAGCUACCACCAGUCUUGACAUUUGAACUGUCUAGAUUUGAAUUCAACACCCAGCUUGGCCGUCCAGAAAAGAUACAUAAGAAACUUGAGUUUCCACAAAUAGUUUAUAUGGACAGAUAUCUUCACAAAAACAUAAAAGAGACCCAUGAGAGGAGAGGAGAAGUGAAAAAACUCAAGGAUCAACUUGCAGCCCUUCAACAGAAACUUGAGUGCUACAAAAACUAUGGGUCUGGACCCACCAAGUAUCCUCUGGCUGAUAUGUUGCAAUUUGUGCUGGAGUUUGCUACCACCAAGCCCACAAGUGUUUCCCCAGCUGAAGAUCUGAGACCAACUUCACCGACACCUGCAAGCCACCCCCUUGAUGACCUCAGCUCCAAAGAAAACAGUGAACCUGGAGAAACAGACUCCUCAGAGGGCCUGGUUUCAAGCCUUUCUAGUUGCCAGCGUACCCCCAUAUACAAGCCCUUCACCCAGUGCAGACUCCCCACUGAAAGCCCACCUCACCCAGCCCCUCACAGCAUCACUGAAGAAGAGCUGCACUUUGUUAAGACCUGCCUACAGCGUUGGAGGACGGAAGUUGAGAACGACAUAAAUGAGCUAAAGGCAAGCAUUGACAAGCUCAGUCAGAUGCUAGAGGGCAUGUAUGCAGACAACAGUCUCUGCCAGGUACCCUACAGACUCCAUGCAGUGCUCGUCCAUGAAGGCCAGGCAUCAGCAGGUCAUUACUGGGCCUACAUCUACGACCAUGCCAACCAGCGCUGGAUGAAGUACAAUGAUAUAAGCAUCACUGAGUCGUCAUGGGAGGAACUGGAACGAGACUCAUAUGGGGGCAUGACCAAUGCCAGUGCCUACUGUCUGAUGUACAUAGAUGACAGAAUACCCAACCUUAUUACAGAUGACACAGAUGAUGAGACAGGCCAGGUGCUGCAUGGCAUGGACUCUCUGCCACCCGUCCUCAGACGUUACGUCCAUGAAGAUAACCGCUGGUUCCAGCAGGAGCUCAGUGAAUGGGAACAGCAGUUCUGCCAGACAGCAACCCCACAGGGAGAGUCCACAGCAUCUGCAGAGAGCACAAAUCCCAGUGCAGACAACAUAGAUCAAGCACCAGUUGAGCCAGCGCCCCAGUCUGGACCAUCCAAUGAAGAGCUUGACCAGACAGCUUCCUCAGUGCCACAACCAGAGCCAGAAGCAGAGAAGGAUGUGGAGCCUGUUCAAAAAGAAAAGCCUGAAGAAGAAUCAGAGGUAACGCCACCAGCACCACCACCACAGAGCCCUGGCUGCCAGUCAGACGACACCAGCAGUGCAGCAGUCAAUGACCCCUUGGCUCCUGGCCAAAGCUCCACCACAGCUGAGAAAGAACUUCAGAGUCAGACUCCUGGCCCUGAAGCAGAGCUUAAUAACCAGGUUGAAUCUGACCUCCAAGAGGAAAAAGACAACACACAGGUUGCAGGGCUCAGCCUUCCAGCUCAAGGCGAGCCAGAAGCUUCUGGAGAAGCUCCUGAACAUGAAGCGCAGGAGGGGGAUGAGGAGCAGCAACAGCUGCAGCAGCAGGAGGUCCCAGUUAGACAGAGACAGACUGAGAACGAGGUCUCUGAAGUGGAGAUCCCGAAUGUGGGCCGGAUCAUGGUCAGAGCUGAUGCUGACGGAUAUAAUGAAGAGAUGAUGCUGACUCCAGCUAUGCAAGGUGUUAUUCUAGCCAUUGCCAAGGCCAGGCAAAUUUUUGAUAAGGAAGGACCUGAGGCUGGCCUCAUCAAGGCCUUCCACGAGGAGUAUUCCCGCUUGUAUGAACUCUCCCAGGAGGAGACGACGCCCCAGGAGGACCCUCGUCUGCAGCACGUUCUGGUGUACUUCUUCCAAAACAAGGCACCGAAUCGCAUCAUUGAGAGGACGCUGCUGGAGCAGUUCACUGACCGCAACUUGAGCUUCGAUGAGAGGGCCAUCAGUAUCAUGAGGGAGGCACGAUCCAAGCUACGCCUCAUCAAGCCAGAGGACAUGGAUAUGGAUGAAUACCUGCAGUGGCAUGAUGACUACAGGCUGUUCAGGACAGUGUUUGUCUACCUGCUGACUGGUCUGGAGCACUACCAGCAUGGAAAGAUGCAGGAGGCUCUGACCUACCUGGCUCAUGCGUAUGAGACGAACGCCAACCUGCUGAAGAAUGGAGAGAAACGUGGCAUUGACAAGUCUCUUAUUGCAGGCUACAGAAGGAAAUGCCUCACUUCACUGAAUGAAAGCGCAUCACGGCUGUUCUGCAGCGGUGAGGAGACCAAUGUGGAGGAGGGCAUCGCCAUCAUGGACGAGGCAGUCAUCCCCUGCCUUCAUCUGAUGAGCCGGGACUCUUCUUUAUCCCAGGAAGACCGGGACACCAUGGAGAGCAUCCGCAGCCACUGGUGCUGCUGCCUGGGCCAGGAUAUGACCGAGUCUUUGCAGGUAAAGCUGGGUGAGUUUCUGCCCAGGGUUCUGGACGGUUCAGCUGACGCAGUAGUUCUUAAAGACCCUCCCAAAGUCCAUGUCAGCCAGGCCCAUGACCUGUGCAGUCGCCUUGCAGCUGUCAUGCAGUCCAUCCACAACACAUCGAUCGUCAUUGUUAAGUAAAGCCCUCAAUGAAACCCACAACAACUGUGUGUCCGGCUUGCAAGUAAUGUGGGCGAUGGAUCGUUCUUUGCUAGAAAACUAUGGAGUUGAGACAGCGACUAGUUUUUACCAAGCCAAUUUAUAUAUUUCAUUCAAUCUACCGGUUCUAAAAGCCUGCGGAAAAGCUCAUAACAGGCCUCAAGACUACCUAUCUUACUGAUAGAUGAUUUUCUUUGGAAAAAAAUACUGCAAGUGCUUAAAAAUCCUCAUGGCCUAAAAGCAGCAGGUUAUGCUAAAGGAGGCCCUAAAGGUAGCACUGUACAUUCUCUUCAACUCUGAAACCAUCCUUUACAUAGACAUUUCAAAGAGCACGUUACCCACCGUCAUGGCAGGUUCUUGGACUUUGAAGUGGUUCUGAACUUUUCCCUGAAAAUGUUCUUUGAGUACAGUUUAUUUAGCUUUAAGCAGCUUCCCAUCUGUGUUGCACUCGCCAGCUGAACAAUUAUUCCAUCAGCAGGAGAACACAGAAGCUUAAAACUCUGAUUGGCACUCUAAAAAAGUUCAGACAUGGAUGUGUUAUACUGGCCGGCAAACUUGUUAAGUUUAGGUUCUGGUAAUGCUUGGACUGUCACUCAACUCAGUGAAUGGACUGUAGGGUUUUAUUGUUGUGUUGCUAAGCAGGGUGAACACUCACUAAGGUCAUUAUACAGGGCUGAAAAAACACUAGAUUUGUAUUGCACAGCAACAAACAUUGUUUAUGAGCUUUUGUUAAAUAUAUGUUUUGUAUUUCUUUGAAUUUUUCCAAAACAAAUUCUUGGGACUUUUACAUGUAGGUGACAAGAGAACGAUAGAUAUUUUAAGUGUUAUUAUGCAAAGAAAUAUUAAUGGCAGGCAUUGUGUGCCACUUUUAAAAGAGCUGCUGCAUGCUCAGAUGGAACUAUGAGUCACAACUCUUUGUUAACAGUGCCCUGGUGGACAGCACCUCUCUCAACUCAUGUGCCUUUUCUCUCCUUUUGAAGGGUUCUUUGUAAACCAUGUAAACACUUUGACAUGAAGAGAUGAAGUCUUUUAUCUUGUGUCCUAGAUGCAAUGCAGUAUCAUGAAAGAAUGAAUGAAAGAAUAAUUGAAUCAGGAUUUUCAGGAGGGCUUCUUGGAGCUACUCCAACUGCCAUUCCUGGCUGCUGAUUUCACUGGUAUUUCACUUGUAGUCUGUGAUGAUACUCAAUAAAUAUUUUAAAUUCUC